AGGCGCAGCGCUGAGGAGAACACGGCGCUCAGGUUCGCUGCAGACUCGGCCGACAUCCUCCGCCAGUGCGGACUGGACGCGCAGGCGGAGUCUCUGCAGGAGGUUUACCCGGAUGAGCCGACGAAGGUGAAUUCUGCCAUCAAGAUCGCGAACAGGGACCCGACGCCACGCCGCCGCCGAGAGCACGACGUCGACAGCGAGGACCUGCUAUCGCCGCAGGUCAAGAAGCCGGACUCCCAGGAGCUCGCGCCAGCGGCCUGCGACAGCGACUUCUCUCUGAACAACGAGGCCGCGCCGCCGGUCCCCUCGCCCGCCGAGCUGCGCGCCCGCGCCGCGAGCCUGCUGCGCGGAGCGCAGCGCUCCGGCUCCCUGCGGGCUGCCCUGGGCCAGGCCGCGUCGGGGGCGCAGGUGACGGAGGAGGCCCCCGCGUCGUCGCAGAUGUGCCAGGCUAGCGGCAUCUUCGGGCUGCCGACGUGCUGGCCUCCAGGGCCGUGCCCGGUGGGGCGGCGGCGUGCCCGGUGGGGCGGCGGAUCGCUUCGCUCAUUCCGCCGGCCUAUUUUGCGCAUCGCUGUCGGCUGGCCGAGUGGUUGUUUGCAGUGCGGGGAGCUGCGGGAGCGGGGGCUGUUUUCCUGAUGCGUUGCGUAAUUAUGAUGUCGGGGCUGGUCUCGCCUCUGGGAUGCCUGCACGCUGGCCGCCUGGCUCUCCUGGCAGCUUCUGCAGCCAGCCUUCAGCCCCGGGCGUUCCUCAGCCUCCCUCGGCGGCAGCCUCGGCAGCCGUGAGUGCGCUCGCUGGGAGGACGAGGCGGCGGGGACCGAGCGAGCACCUCACAUCUUCUUCGGUUCCGCUCUUGUCCGGGCCUGCUCCCCGCCCGAGGGAGCCACGCGCCGACGCGCCGGAGGGAGCCACACGAGCUCCCCCGGACCACGCCGCUGCACAAGGCGCUGCGUGGAGGUCCAAAACGUUCACCAUCCUGGGCUACGAGCGCUUCAGUCGGUCAGACGGCGACCUUCUGGCGCCGAAGGCCUGUGGUGGUCGUGGGCGAGCCCACCGGCCGAGCAUGGAAUCCACCUCCACCGCUUCGGAGCUCGCCUGGAACCACGGCGAGUGGUGGACGUGGACAUCUUCCCUUCCCCGCGGGCGGGGAGGUAGCCAUUUCUGGCCACCUACAUGGGGUCCGAGGAGACGGG